AUGGCGGGUACAAGGAGAUUUCUUUAUAAAAAGAAGUAUGGGGGACCAAAAGUUAUAUUUAAAAUGGUUGUCAUCUUGAUAUUCAUGAUUUUAGAAAUAGCAUGUGAUUGUCCUUUUUCUAAAUGUGACCCAGAGAUUAGAGACGAGUGGAGUUGCUCUGGAAAAAACCAUGUCAUUCGACAUUGUGCUUGUGAUGCUCUGGAGCCAGUCAUAGAUGUACACCCAGAAAUUGUGAUACCUACUGAAAUGGACAUGAAUAUUUUGUUCCGUUUCACUGGAGAUGAUAUUGAGAUCAGCAAUACUGUGAACGAGUGUUCCUCGGUAUUUUCCUUAAGGAAUAUGUCAGGAGAGGGGAACACUGAUGCCUGUCCUGUUACCAAGGAGACAUGGGAGGCACGAGCAGCAAUGAAAAAAGCGGAUUGUGGUGGACAGAGUGUUUACCAUUGUCUGUCUGACAGUGUGGGUGGAAAGUGGGAAAGAUGUGUGGAGAAAUCAAAGAUAAUUGGUGGGCAAUGUCCGAUUUUUACUAAUGAUGGCUUCAUUGACUGGCAGUCAUGUAACACUACUAUCCCAACGUGUCCAAACAGCUCCUAUGUAUCUAACGAAGUAUAUAAAUUUCCAAUAUGUUUUGGCAAGAAUAUUCCAAAAGAAAAAAUCCCAGCCAAUAGUAUAAAUGGUAAAAAACACUUAAGAAGCAAAAAGGUGGUGCACAAAAAAGCCAUAAAGAAAGGAAACAUGCUGCCUUCAGUAUGUGACUUUCUGCGCCACCCAAGAAUAGCCAGAGCUGAAGAUCCAAAUGAUGAGGGCGCCGGCGAUCUGUCUGCAGGAGAAAUCGCUGCCAUUGUUGUAGUAAUUGGAAUCAUAGCUAUUGUUGUAGCCGUGAUUCUCUUCAUUUUCAUUUUUCGUCGUAACAGACGUCAAAAAGAUCCCAUUGUUGACAAUGGUCUGAAGGCGCUUUCAAGAAAAGAUGGAAAAUCGCUGUUUGUGCAUGGUAAAUUUGGAAAUUCUGUUUCCAGUACUUCUCGUCUUAUUUUGGAUAAAUUUGUUGAGGAAAAUGAGGAAUGGAAAUCUGUGGAAUUUCGUUAUACAGACAUACCAGACAAUGUGGAGGAGAACACCAUUAUGUUUGUGUAUGGCUGGUUCGGACUUUGGAAUGAUGAUCCAUGCUCAGUCGACAAAGUCAAAAAAGCAUGCCAAGACUUAAAUAACAUAUUAUACAAAUACACAAAUGUUAAAAUCAUCAUCGGAAUGAGAUCCGAGCAUCAUAGAAAAUAUCACACGCUUGGAUGUUUUACACGGUCACCUUUAUUUCGUAAUGAACUGAGCCUGGAUUCAGAAAAUUUUGAAAAACAUGAAGAGCAUUUUCAAUAUUUCAAAGAAAGAAUCAAAGAACCUUGUCAGAAAGAAGAAUGCCAUUGUCAUGAUUUGAGGUUCGAAACUUUCAAGGACGAUCGUGAUUCAGAAAUAGGCAUUCCUUUAAAAAUGAAUGUACUUGAGAGAUACCAUGAUGUAAUCGAUGAUUAUGUGAUCAAAGGUAGUCUUUUACAAGCGAUGACUGAUCACAUUACUGGUCUUGAAGGAGAUAAAGAAACGAAGAGUACAUAUGAAUGGCUUAUGUACAUAUGUUUAAAAGGUCAAUAUAAUAGAUCAGAAGAAUUUGAUACAGAACUGAUUAACACCAUGGCAUUUGCAAUUAAUAAAUCAUCCUUUGACGAAUUUAAAGAAAGCUUGAGUAAAUACAUAAGAAUAAGGAAUUCAGAUAAGCAGAAAAACAUACCACCGGAGUCUGCACAGUAUGUUUUCUGGCAUCCAUUUAUAUACAUAUGCGCUUUCCACUCGCUGUUUAUGAAAAAUCCAGAUAUUGUCAUGAGCCAUUGCAAUAUCGACGCCAUUCUGCAACUCGUUCGUCCAGAAAGAAAUGUUGACACGUAUUUGGAGGUUCGUGCUGAAAACGAUAUGAUUGACUUGUUUAAUCAGAGAAUUCGGUUAGAAGGUCUACAAGAUGUUUAUAAAGAUCAUCCUUUGGUAACUCCAUCAGCAGACACAGGGGAAAAUAUAGACGAUGUUGGACAGAGCAGCGAAGAGAUACCAAAUGUGCAACCGGUUAUUAUCAAUUUGCAGAUGAACAUGACCAUGUAA